AUGUUUCAACAUGCUUACGCCGACCUGGGUGACGUGCGACUCCACUACGUGACGGCAGGCCGCGGGCCCGCGGUGGUCCUGCUGCAUGGCUGGCCGCAGACCUGGUACAUGUGGCGCGACGUGAUCCCCGGACUUGCCGGGCGCUAUCGCGUCAUCGCUCCGGACUUGCGCGGCCUGGGCGACUCUUCGCGUCCCGUGGGGGGCUACGACAAGAAGACGCUCGCGCAGGAUGUCUGGCGCCUGGUUCAUGACGUUCUUGGCGAGGAUGAACUGUUCGUCGUGGGCCACGAUUGGGGCGGGCCGACAGCGUUCGCAAUCGCCGCGCAGCACCGCGACGCAGUCAAGCGCCUGGCAAUUUUCGAUGUUCCCGUGCCGGGCGACGGAACCCCCGUGAUGUUUGCCAAUCGGUGGCAUCAUGGCCUGCACUGGGAACUGGAUUUUCCGGAGGCUUUGACGGCAGGGCGCGAGGACGUUUAUCUCGGUUUUUUCUACCGGAAUUGGGGUGGACGCCCCGAUGCCAUUUCAGCCGAGGCGGAACGCGAAUACCUGCGCGCCUACCGGCAACCGGGCGCCAUGCGGGCUGGCUUCAGCCUGUAUCGUGCGACGCCGCAGGACGUUGCCGACAACCAGGCGUUCCUGUCGGAAGGCAAGCUGGAAAUGCCGGUUCUCUGCUAUGGGGGCGCGCUCGGGCGUGGGCGCGGCGCGUUGGCGAUCGAGUCAUGGCGCCGCAUCGCCGAAAAUGUCAGCGGCGGCGUUGUCGAGGAUUGCGGCCACUGGAUUCCGGAAGAGCGUCCGGAAUGGGUCGUUGAGCAGUUGCUGACCUUCUUCGGCGAAGAGAGGACCUGA